GAGGAGAAGAAAAAUGUGAUGGAGGAGAAGAAAAAUGUGGAGGAGGACAAAGAGGACGGUGGGGUUGAGGAUAAAAGAGCAGAAACUCCUGAACCUACAAACAAAGAACAAGCAGAACCAGAAUUGGGUCGACUAGUGAUGACCAUUGGUAACCAACAAAAGAUGCUUUCCUUCGCUGCCAAAGAUCUGCUAACAACAGCCACCAUGUUGGUUGGAGACAAGGUGCGUUUCAGCAUUGCCACCCACCAGGAGACCGAAGAAGAGCGAGCAGUUUUCAUCGAAAUUCUUCCUGACACUUUUGUAGAGUCUAACGAACAACGCCAACAUGGCAUUGUGAUCGAGUUCUCAGAGGACUCUGGACUCAUCAAGUGCUCCCAGAACCCUCAGCUCUACUUUGACAUGUCGGAGGUGAUGGAGAAGAAGAAACUGGAGCUCAACGAGAAGGUCGAGUUUAGCAUCGUCUCGUGUGAAACUGCUGAGAUGGGGAUCCAGGCUAUUAGGAUAAAACGUUUUACUGAAAAAGUUUUUCUCCCUGUCCGGAAACUCGGUGGUGUUGGAGCUAACAAAGCAAAGAUGACCAUCAAACUAACUAAACCAUCUGAAGACGAUGAAAAGGAGAAACCAGAGGCCGACAAACUAAAGGCAGUGGUGAAAAACCUGAGGAAGGAUUACAGCAUGACUCGAUAUAAAUCUGCACGGAGCAGGAGCAGGAGCCGGAGUCGAAGCAAGAGUAGAAGUAGGAGUCCAUGUAGAGACAAGUUUGGACGUGUUAUCAAAAAGAGACGCAGCCCCAGUGUUGACCGCAACCCCAGGAACAGCAGGCACAGACAGAGCCAGGAGAGGUCACGCCGGCGCACCAGGAGCCACACCAAGAGUUCCAGCAGAAGUCGAAGUCGGAGCUACAGCAGGAGCCCCAAAAGGAGCCCCAGAAGGAGCCCCAAAAGGAGUCCCAAAAGGAGCCCCAGAAGGAGCCCCAGAAGGAGUCCCAGAAGGAGGAGCAGGGAAACCAGCAAAGACAGAUACAUCAGGAAGAGGAGCAAAACCAGCAGGGAGCCUGAGGACAAGAGGAGGAGGGAAUUGUGCUCACCACACCGACAUGGUGGAGUCAUGGACAAUGAGUUGGCCAGGAAGAAGAGAGAGCUGGAGGAGCUCAAUGAGAUGAUUGCUUAUAAAAAGUCACUGGUGGACGUGGAGCCUGGACAGAGGACCUGCAUAGACUAUGACCACGGCAGGAUUGCCGUGCCACUUGCCGAGUACACACCAGUCCGGUCCAUCUUGAAGAAGAGACCAGAGGAACCCGAGCACUUAUGGCCCCCUUAUGAUGAUCCAUAUUACAGCCGAUCGUAUGAACCUUACCACAGUCGGCGGUAUGGAGAGCCGUAUGAUGACCCAUAUUCUAGUCAUCCAUACCGUGAACCAUCUUAUGAUGACCGCAUGUACGAGGACCGCCCUUAUGAUAGGAGUCGUUAUGGUGAACCUCCGUAUGGUGGACUGCCUUCAACCAGUCAUCACUACACCGAUCGCUACGAUGUCUACGACCAACCUUACGAUGACAGGCACUAUGACCCGACUCAUAGAAGCCGUCCCUAUGAUCUGCAUCCUCCAGUCAAACAAAGUCAGUCUCCAGAACCUGAGUCUAGACAAGUUCCUGGUUCUUCUGCCAAAUCUGCCUACAGACCUCCUUCCCCAAUAGAUUCACCUCCUAGAACCCCUUCUCCUCAAGAAAAGGCAGCAUCUCAGUCUCCUCUAGGAGAGAAACCACCUCUGGACCGCUUCCUUGACAUGCUUGGCAAAAAAGUACCGGUAGAUGCUGAAAAGAAAUCUGAACCAGACUGUGUUACUGAUGACCUCCUGCCUCACGAACGUGCCCUUCAGGACGGCAAAGGCUUCUCUCGAAUUGUAGGAUUGGCUCCAGAGCCCCCAAGCAUCAGUCUAACCCUAGAAAGUGAGAAGAAACAACCAAGCUCUAAUCAAGCCUCAGUUGAGAAAACAAGUGAGGAACCAAAGCCAGAACCCUACGAUAAGAUUCAGAGUCUUCUGCGUUCAAUUGGUUUGAAGCUGAGUUCAGGAGAUGUUUCCAAACUGGCCAGCCGGGCUCAGGAGAAAGUCUUCAGUGUUGGGACUUCGUCUACUGAAAAAGAGACAUCUUCUGAAAGAGAAGAGCUAAGGGGCAGCAGAACUGGUUCUGUGGAACUGGAUCAUAUCCAUUCACUGUCCCCUGGCAGAUCUUUCAGUUUUAGCAGAACAAAAACUGCUGUUUCAAAGUAUGACGAAUUACUAGAGCAGAAAAACUUGGAAGCACUAAAGACAACACAACAGAGUCUUACCAAGACAAUGGGGAGCACAUCAACCACCACCACCCCUGGUCCAAAACCACCUCCUGGGCCUCCACCUGCUCAUUAUCAACAUCCAAGCCCCCCACUGAACUGGCCUCUUGGCAUCAACUCCCAGUUUCCCCCAACUCAAUCCCCUAUAUCCAAAAGCAUUGAUAUUUCUGCUCCUCCUGCAACUACUCCACAACAAAGAAUUGGUCCCCCUCCAGGACCUCCCCCUGGACCACCUCCACGACGUCUUGCACAGCAACCGCCAAGACCACCUCCUGGACCUCCACCCCAGCGUUCCCCUGGACAUCCUCCUUUUGCUUCACCCCCACUUCAGUCAACUCUUUCCUUUAUUAGGAUGCCUAAUUCAGCUCCACCAUCCAGCACAGCUAGUUCCACAGAACCUCCACCCACUACAACAUUAACACCACCCUUAGCACCUACAAUUUUAAGUCCUGCAAGUUCGGACCAGUCAGCCAUCUCUACCACUGUGGCACGCUGCCUAAAGGUGAUAGAGACGGUGAAGUCUCUUGGUGUGCCACCAUCGACCAAGCCAAGUAAAUCAGUCCAGUUCAGUUUACCGACAGAGUCCACCUCAUCAAACAUUUGGCCAAACUCAGCAGAGACAGAUGAGGACGUAAAGACCAGGCAGAAGGAAAAA